GUUGCCACAGCCCUGGGGGGGCUUCCAGGGGUGCAGCGCCCCGAAAGCCGUGGCUCGGCUGCUGGCUCUGCACUUGCUCAGUGGCUCCAGGACUUUGUGCUCUGAGGAUGGCUCCCCGGCACCUUUUACCAGCAUGAAACUGUGCCUGGAAAUAUUAAUGUGUUUAGCCACUAGCGGAGGGAAGGAGGAAUUACUAGGCAUAAGCAAAUGCGUUAUUUGUUAAAUUAUGAGCUGAUAAAAAGAGUGCCCGUGCGCAGCGGAGAUGCCACCUUCCCCAAAGCUAUGGACAACGUGACUGUGCGGCAAGGGGAGAGUGCCACGCUCAGGUGCUCCGUGGACAACCGAGUCACCCGAGUGGCCUGGCUGAACCGCAGCAGCAUCCUCUAUGCCGGCAAUGACAAGUGGUGCUUGGACCCUCGGGUGGUGCUCUUGGCCAACACCAAAACCCAGUACAGCAUCCAGAUCCAAGAUGUGGACGUGUACGAUGAGGGCCCCUACACCUGCUCCGUGCAGACAGACAAUCACCCCAAGACAUCGCGUGUCCAUCUCAUUGUGCAAGUGUCUCCGAAAAUCACCGAGAUCUCUUCUGACAUCUCCAUCAACGAGGGCGGCAACGUCAGCCUCACUUGCAUAGCCACGGGCAGGCCAGAUCCAACAAUCACCUGGAGACACAUCUCACCCAAAGCCGUGGGCUUCAUCAGCGAGGACGAGUACUUGGAGAUCACGGGCAUCACGCGGGAGCAGUCGGGCGAGUACGAGUGCAGCGCUUCCAACGACGUGGCGGCGCCCGUCGUCCAGCGAGUCAAAGUCACCGUCAACUACCCACCAUACAUCUCGGACGCGAAGAGCACCGGGGUGCCGGUGGGGCAGAAGGGCAUCCUGCUGUGCGAAGCCUCUGCCGUCCCCUCCGCCGACUUCCAGUGGUACAAAGACGACAAGCGGCUGGCUGAGGGACAGAAAGGACUGAAAGUGGAGAACAAAGCCUUCUUCUCCAGACUGACUUUCUUCAACGUCUCCGAGCAGGACUACGGCAACUACACCUGCGUAGCCUCCAACCAGCUAGGAAACACCAACGCCAGCAUGAUCCUCUACGAAGAGACAACUACCGCUCUGACACCCUGGAAAGGUCCCGGCGCAGUGCAUGACGGGAACAACGGUGCGUGGCGGCGAGGCGGCUGCGCGUGGCUGCUGGCCCUCCCACUCGCCCAGCUCGCCCGCCAGUUUUGACCUGAGAGCCGGCCCGCAGAGUAGUGGCGGCGACGACCACAGCCGGCAAGCGCACGCAGAAAGGAGAAGAGGAAGAAGUGUUCACCGUUUCCGAAAAUAAUCAUAAGAAUUGAGAGAGUAUCCGGCCAGGCCACCCGGGGGAGGGGGAGAGAGGAAAAACACGCAAAAAAAAAUGCAACGGGAAUUUGGAAAGGAGAGAAAAGAAAAAAAAAAAAAAAUCCCAGGCUUCCUGCUGAAGGUGCAACGUGACCGAGUCUUUUUCUUUUCCCCCCAUUUUUUUUUUUUGCCUCCCACCCCUUUUUCCCCCCGUUUUCGCCGCUCUCUGCCGUGGGCCACCGUGGAGGAUGGGUGGGGCCGUCGGGGCGCGGCACUUCCCACCCCUCCCUCCCGUGCCAUAACCCCCCCCCCACCCCCCCCCAACCCGUCCCCUUUGCCGGCCCUGCCCGCCUGCUCCCUCCCUCCCGCGGGGACCCCUCCGUCCGGACGCGACAGUUUUUUUCUUUGCCGAGAUUUCCCCGUCUUCUCGUGGACCGUGCCGCCAUUUGUGUUUCAGAAUAUAUAUAUAUAUAUAUCCAUGUAUACACAUAUAUAUAUAUAUAUAUAUGUAUAGAUAUAUAGAUCUUCAACAGUUACCACACCGCCACGAACAGAAGGGGCGGAAGGAAACCGGCGUCGAGCCACGCAUUCAUCGUACCACCUGUGGGCAUCAUGAAUGAUAAGGGGUUCUGAGUCAUGGUUAAUUUUAUUAAUUGUAUUUUCUGAUACGAACCUAGAACUCUUAGUUCCUAAACAACAGAAAUGCAAAAAAGAAGGGGGGGGGGGGGAGAGAGAGAGAAAAAAAAACAAACCCAGAAAAGAGAGGGGGAGCCAGCAGAGAGAAGAAGUCAGUUCGCCGAGCGCCGCUCAGCCCAGGAGGCGACUGGCCAAGGAGGUUUGCAAACCCACCGAGUCGGCAUGGAGGAGGAGGAGGAAUCCCGCGCCGAACCCCCCCGAAACCGGCCUAAAAAGCGGUCGUCCGAACAGUUCCUGCUGAGGGCGCGGGCGACGCUGGCCGCACAUCGAGGCGGAGGGAGAUGCUGAAUCUUUUUAUGGGAUAUAUAUACACAGUAUAUAUAAAUAUACAUAUAUAUAUAUAAUUUUUUUUUUUUGUUAGCGUUCUAGCCACGGUUCCCAGCAGGGUCCUUCCGCUGCCAUUACUGCAUGCUGUAUAUAGAGUUAGGUGUGUAUCGGUCCUCGACAAGACAAGACGAGCGUCUUGGUCCACGCGUCCCCAAACCCCCUCGCCUUUCCGCCUUCGGGUCACCGGCGUGGUGGGGACAAAGGCCCGCGGGGGACCGGGGCCCCUCGCCGUCGCCUUUCGCCGUGCGGCCCCGGCCCCUUCGCGGUGGAAUAAAGCGAACCGAGGGACAGAGGGAGAUCUAUAUAGCUCAGUUUUAUAUUUUUUUAUAUAUAUA